UGAUGGACGAUGGUUGCGACUUUCGCGCUGUGUUGUGAGAUCGGUAAAAAUAAAUAAAUAAUGGUGUGAAUCUUAUGCUCCAUUUACUGAAUCAUAAUAGACUUAAUAUUAAAAAAUCAAAAUGUUGACGCCAAGUUUUAAAUUAUCACAAGACGAAAACCACGUGUUUAUUACGGUGCACGCACCAUACACAAAUGUUAAAGAUACGGAAAUCGAUGUUGAUGGAGAGAAUUUUUUGUUUGUUUCUAGUCCUUAUUUCUUGCGACUGUGUCUUCCAGGAAAAAUAGUUGAAAAUGAUAAAUCUAAAGGGUCGUACGUUUGCGAUUCUGGUGAUUUCAACCUUACGUUCGACAAAGUAACACCCGGCGAGCAUUUUGAACACCUAGACAUGAUUACGAGUCUCUUAGCUCCUAAGGAUAUACCAAAUGUUAAUCCCAGUUUAGUCGAAAUGCUCGAAGAAGACGGUAUUACGAUUGAGGAUGACGAGGGUGCUGUGGGUGGCGCAUGUAGUUCAAAGAAAUAUUCUUACGGUUUUGGGGGUAAGGUCUGCACGGAUUUCGCAGAUAUCGGUAAUGAAUUUCAUCAAAUUUUUGAAUUGAGAGUACCCGAAGAAAUCAGCUUGGAUGAGCGCCAUAUUAAACGUGAACAGCACGAAAAUCGAAAAUUCUCUUCUGAUCAUUAUUUCGCUGAUUUAUUUGACGAAGAACUUAUAAGCCCCUAUUUAAUACUUACCCUGACAUGGCAAGCUGAAGAUUUUGAUAAAAAUAUAGAAUUUAAUGAUGAUGAGAUCAGUUUGUUGAAGGAAUUGCCUAACAAACAUUAUGUUUUAACUAAAUCUGAACACAAUCAAGUGCUUUUAGGCCUCAUAGAUAUACUGUAUGCCUUUUGCUAUGAUAAAAGAACCACCUACAAUGAAGGCACAGUUGAGUCUUGCUGGACAAUAAAUAAAUUAUCAUCAACAUUGAGUUGGUUUUGUGUUUUUGAUGAUAUGAAACAAGUAUUGAUUGCAUGUUACAGGCGAGCUUUGUCAUAUCCAAUAUUUAGAAAUUUUGAGCUGUGUCACAAGGUGAGGAAUGAUGUGAUUUCUGUAUUAAAGCUUGGUAAGAAGUUUGUGGUAAAAUGUAUGGUCAGAAUUCACAGGCUGUUCAAUUCGAGCCAGGACGCAAGGUAUAUAUUGAAUCAGCUGUAUAUAACUGAUUACUUGGUUUUCUUACAAAAGUGUAAGCCUGAGGAGUUGAUGGAGCUGUGCGAUAAUCUCUCCAAAGUUGAAUUAAAGAAGAGCGACCUGUCCUUAGAAUUGGAGGAAUUAGAAGCUGCAGCGAAAAUGGUUCAAAGGGAAGAAUGUCACGUUGUGGGUAAUGAGAUGGCUUUGCAAAUGGCCUCUAUGUCCUUAGUGCAAGGGGUGAGAAGGGCGAGUGACUAUAAUAAUGAUGACGAUAGCAGUAGCGAUUCCUCAGAUUCCUCAGAUUCUACAGAUUCUUCUUCUACUUCUUCGUCUGAAAGCACAUCAGAUUUGGACUCCGACGAUGAUGAUUCCUCUUGACAGGAUGAUGAGGAGGAAUGUGUUAUGGGCUUGUAAAGCCUUAACACUGAAUGUGAUGGAUUAUUUCUAUUAUGAAUAGAAGCAGUGCACAAUUGAACACUUUUAUGUGAUAAUUGUAAUGUGAAAGAAAAAAAAGACAAUUAUUGGCAUGAUGCAAUCUUUUUGA